GAUAUUCUCUCUGUUCCGCACUAACUAUUUUUUCUCCCUCCUACACACGCGGAAUAUCCACUCUUUAUUCCACACUAUAAAUAGAGUAACCGAAAACUUCAUGCUCUGGAUUUUCAUUUCCAUUUUCCAACAAUGAAGUCACUUCUCUCGUUCCAACGAUCUUUCAUUCUCCUCCUCAAUCUUCUUCCUCUCUUUCUCUCUUCCUGUAACUGCCACAUUCCAACCACACUCGAAGGUCCAUUUCUUCCCGUAACCGUUCCGUUCGACGUCUCCACGCGCGGCAACACCUUCGACUUGCCAGACACCGAUCCUCGUGUGCGACGGCAAGUCGUGGGAUUCGAGCCGGAGCAGAUUUCUCUGUCUCUCUCUUCCACUCAUGACUCCGUUUGGGUCUCGUGGAUUACUGGGGAAUUUCAAAUUGGUUACAACAUCAAGCCAUUAGACCCCAAAACAGUCGCAAGUGUUGUUCAUUAUGGAACUUCAAGAUUUGAAUUAGGGAAUGAAGCAGAGGGCCAGUCGCUAAUAUACAAUCAACUUUAUCCUUUUGAAGGCCUUCAGAAUUACACUUCUGGAAUCAUUCAUCAUGUUCGACUCACAGGAUUGGAACCAAGCACACUAUACUAUUAUCAAUGUGGAGAUCCUUCAUUACAUGCCAUGAGUGAUAUAUACUAUUUCAGAACCAUGCCAAUUUCUGGUCCACAAAGCUACCCAGGAAGAAUUGCUAUAGUAGGAGAUCUUGGUCUCACGUAUAAUACGACUACUACCAUCAGUCACAUGACCAGUAACGAACCUGAUCUUAUCCUAUUGAUUGGUGAUGUAAGCUAUGCAAAUCUGUACCUCACAAAUGGAACUGGCUCAGACUGUUAUAGUUGCUCAUUUCCAGACACUCCUAUACAUGAAACCUACCAGCCUCGAUGGGAUUAUUGGGGAAGGUUCAUGCAGAGUCUAGUGUCUAGAGUUCCAAUAAUGGUGGUAGAAGGAAAUCACGAAAUUGAAUUACAGGCUGGAAACAAGACAUUUGAGGCUUACAGUUCUAGGUUUGCGUUCCCCUCCGAAGAAAGUGGAUCGCCAUCCACAUUCUACUAUUCUUUCAAUGCUGGUGGUGUUCAUUUUAUUAUGCUUGGUGGUUACAUUAACUAUGAUAAAACAGGUGAACAAUACAGGUGGUUGGAGAGAGAUCUAGCUAAUGUUGAUAGAUCAACGACUCCCUGGCUUGUCGCUACCUGGCAUCCACCAUGGUAUAGCACUUAUGUAGCUCAUUACAGAGAAGCGGAGUGUAUGCGGGUGGAGAUGGAAGAGCUGCUAUACUCGUAUAGUGUGGAUAUAGUAUUUAAUGGACAUGUUCAUGCUUAUGAGAGGUCCAAUCGAGUUUAUAAUUAUAAAUUAGAUUCGUGUGGUCCUGUACAUAUUGCUGUUGGGGAUGGAGGUAACCGAGAGAAGAUGUCAAUUCCAUUUGUAGACGAGCCUGGACAUUGUCCUGAUCCAGAAACUACUCCUGGCUCUUAUAUGGGUGACUUUUGUGCAACAAAUUUUACAUCUGGCCCUGCAGCAGGAAAGUUUUGUUGGGAUCGCCAGGCAGAUUACAGUGCUUUCAGAGAAAGUAGCUUUGGCUAUGGAAUUUUCGAGGUAAAAAAUGAAACAUGGGCUUUGUGGACUUGGUAUCGCAAUCAGGACUCUUACAAGGAAGUUGGAGAUCAAAUUUACAUAGUAAGACAGCCUGAUAUAUGUCCUGUUGGCCAGAGGGUGUAUAGCAAUUGCGUUGCUUCAUUUUAAGAAACAUGAAUAGUACAUUAGCAGUCAUUGAUGAAAAUGUCAUUGUAGUUAAAUAGGUAAAUGUAAACAUCUCUGGAAGGAGACUUAAAAGUUAGCAAUCUACAUACAGAUUGUUAAAUGAAAGUCCGUGUGACAGGACACUAAGGUCCAAUACGUGCAAUGACCCAAUCAUACAUGCAUAGAUUCUAGAAGGUUGUAGAAGCUGUAGGAAUAAUAGAUAGUUGGAUAUUUCCUGAAUAUAAGGGAAUUUUCUGUUGUAAAAGAGAGGGAAGGGUAAUGUGUAACUCAUUCAAAAAAUAUUGUUAGAAGAAGUUCUCUCCUUAGGAGCAUUAGCGAGUUCUAGUAACUCUGGUUUAUCAUUUUCUCUCUGCAUUUCCAUCAUUGUAAGGGCUUUAAGUUCAACUAUUUGCUAUUAAUCAUACACUUUGUUACUUGUAAA